GUUUGGCAUGAACCAUGAUGGUGUUGGAAAUAGCUGUGGAGCCCGGGGACGGGAGACGGCGAAACUCAUGGCAGCUCAUAUUACUAUGAAGACCAACCCCUUUGUGUGGUCAGCAUGCAGUAGAGAUUAUAUAACCAGCUUCCUGGACUCUGGAAUGGGACUCUGCCUGAAUAACGCUCCACCCAAACAAGACUUCAUCUACCCGACAGUGGCUCCAGGACAAGCCUAUGAUGCAGACGAGCAGUGCCGGCUUCAGUACGGAACAAAAUCUCGCCAGUGUAAAUAUGGGGUAGAGAAGCCUUCCUGCUUUUCCUGGUGCUACAAGCGGGAAUGCGUACCUUUUGGCAUGCGGCCGGAAGGGGUGGAUGGCGCAUGGGGCACCUGGUCACCCUGGGGAGAGUGCAGCCGGACCUGCGGGGGAGGUGUUUCCUCAUCUACUCGCUAUUGUGACAGUCCAAGGCCAACCAUUGGAGGAAGGUAUUGCCUAGGGGAACGAAAGCGCUACCGGUCGUGUAACAUUGAUGAUUGUCCUCCUGGGUCAAAAGACUUCCGAGAGGUUCAAUGUGCAGAAUUCGAUCACAUCCCCUUUCGGGGCAAAUAUUACACCUGGAAGACGUACCGAGGGGGUGGUGUCAAGUCCUGCUCACUCAACUGUUUGGCUGAAGGUUUUAACUUCUACACUGAGCGGGCUGCAGCGGUGAUUGAUGGAACGGCUUGCCGCCAGGACUCCCACGACAUCUGCGUCAGCGGAGAGUGCAAGCAUGUGGGCUGUGACCGCAUCUUAGGCUCAGACACUAAGGAGGACAAAUGCCGGGUUUGUGGAGGAGAUGGGACCACCUGUGAGACCAUCGAAGGGAUCUUCAACCAUUCGCUGCCUGAUGGCGCCUUUGGCGCCUCCGUGCAUGCAAAUGGCGUGUACGGCGCCUGCUGGUUGGAACGGGAUCUGGAACCCACCACUGGUCCAUGGCUGUGGUCGAGACCCAAUAUCCAAGAUGAAGACCGUUUUGUCCAUGGAAUCCAUGAUGAAGAAAAGUGUACUCCAAGUUGUGGACCUGGCUUCCGUCAUCGCGUUGUCCUUUGCAAAAGUGGCGACCAUCGUGCCACACUGUCUACCUCCCAGUGUCCCGAGAGCUCCAGGCCCCCAAACACCAUAAGGUGCAGUCUUCGGCGCUGCCCACCCCCGCGGUGGGUCACUGGCGAAUGGGGAGAGGUACACAAACUUCUUGAUUACAUGUACAGCUUGUAUAAUUUGUACAAUAACACCUGGAUUUCCUGCGUCCUGUGCAUAAAUCUAGUGUCAAAUGGCAUCUUCACAAAGUACUGUAAUGCCCUCAAGUUUGUGAUGUCUACAACUAGUCUCAGAAUGGAUUUCAAGGCAUACCAAUGCAAAGAUGUCAACAAGGUUGCCUAUUGCCCUUUGGUGCUGAAAGCUAAGUUCUGUAGUCGUUCAUACUUCCGACAGAUGUGUUGCAAAACCUGCCAGGGCCAUUAAACGAAUACAUGUCCAUUUGGAACUGCAGGAAAACUGAAAAGGCCCAGGAGGGGAGGAGACAGCUGCACCAUUUCCCCAUCUCCACCUGCUCUUUCCCCCAAGAUCGUCAGUGAAGAAGCCAGCACCAUAGGAUUUGGUGCUCCCAGAAACCAAAGAAAAUCUCUAUCUUCCCCAUUGGUUAAGGAUCGUUAUUAAACCACUGCUGAAAUGCGCACUGAGGCAGACAGUGGCAUAUCAGGCUAGGAAGUACUACACGGAGGCAGGAGGGAGACCAAAUGGAUGGGAAAGCACAUUUAAGCGCAUUACUUGAAAUGCUAAAUGUUUGUAUUUAUUUUAUUACACAGCUGGGUACCAUGAUUGCUGGCCAACUGCACUGUCAUGACGAUAACCCCCCACUGCCCAACAGGGAAGGAGAUUCAAGGCACCAGCGCCACCUACAUGUUUUAAACCUUGCCCCCAAAAGCAGUGCUUGAAAUUACGCGGUGGCUCAGUGGCUAAAACGCGGAGCUUGUUGAUCAGAAAGGCCGUCAGUUUGUCAGAAU